AUGACCCCUAACAAUAUAUGCAGAUACUAUAACGCAACGGCUGAGAUCACAGUUAUUCCUCGGGCAGGCGAGAGCGGUUCAACAAACAAUUACGAUAGCAAAGAUCUCUGCUCGCCUUUGCAGAACUACACCAUGACGCAGAAAUGGAAGGCCAUUCUGACAAUUGCAGAGCGUGGGACAUAUAAUUCCGGCUCAAACGCAGUCAAUCUUUUUCUCAAUCUGAUUCCACUGGAAAAUAGUUGGGCCACGACUAUAGACGACCGUAUCCCUGGAUAUCCUUUGUGGUGGAUGGUUAUGUCUUCUUCAUCUGAGAUUGUCGAUAGCGAUUUACUCGUGUCUAUUCAGGCUUCCGAUCUUCUGAACAUGACAACCACCAAAUCAAAUGAUGCAUUCAGAUUAACUACCGAAAGCUUUGGCGAUGAAGGAAGUUUGGGCCUUGGUAGCUUCCACAUGCCCGCAUGCAACACGAGUGUCGAAUAUGGAAAUUGGAGUUUAGGGGUCGCGCCAUUCUCGAAAGAGAGUGAGAGCAAGUAUUGGAAUUGGACAGACUACGCUGCUCCCUCGAUGAGUGUCUCCUUCGACGACCAAACCGCCAACUUGACUUUAGCUGGGACAUUUGAGGCAUCCGCGUAUGGUAUUGGAUCUUCCGAAAGUGACGCUGCAACUUGGGGGUCAAAUACUAUGGGUGACAUUCGUGUGGUUUUCCAGGGAGUUCUGGAUGGGUACCAUUCUGAUGUUCUUGACAUGAACGGAACAACCCCGACGUGGCUACGGACAGUUGGAUUCGGGAACAAUUCUCUGAACAUUGACAAUGAUGCUGUUUCUGCAGGGUACCGGUGGGGCCGUGCGUUAGAUGUUUGGGGAAUAGCAGUGAUUUUCGCUACUAUGACGAUCAUGGUCUCAGACUCCAUGUAUCAUUUAGGGAUUUGA